AUGGCUACCAACAACAGCGUUACCAAAAAUCAGAAGACUAAUUUAAUCGUUAUUACAGGAAAUGAUGAAACAUUUCAAAAUCUUCUCUCUAUUAUUCAAAAAUCAGAGAACUGUGGUGAAUUAUCUGGUAUAACAAGAAGUAUUAUCCCUGAAUCUACUGAAAACACAACAAAAGUAUCAUAUAAACGUCGUAAAACAGAUUUAACUUGUGUAAUAUGUGAUGAUAAAUGUUCUGGGUACAAUUUCAAUGUAAUUUCCUGUGAAUCAUGUAAAUCUUUCUUCCAUAGAAAUGCCUCUCAUAAUGUGAACGAUCUAAAAUGUUUAACUAAUACUAACAAGUGCGAUAUAAAAUUUAAAAAUAGACGUCGAAUGUGUAGACGUUGUCGACUUGAGAAGUGUUUGUCAGUUGGUAAGUGCGAAACUCUCUUAUAAUUCAAAGAUGAACAUAAUAAAACUGUAUAUUUUACUCGAUUCCAUAGGUAUGAAAUGGAGUUCUUCUGCGACGAAAAGUUAAACAAACAGCGACAGCUAGAAGAAAACAGACGAUUAACUAACAAUACAAUUAGUACUCUUACGCAGACAAGUUUUAUAAAUGUUUCUCUUGAGGAUAAUGACCAUUUGAUGAACGAGCCAACUAUAGUGUUAGAGCCACAAAAAGUAAGUCAUUCUUACGAUACUUUAUGAGCAGACUCAAUAAAAAUACUAUCGAUUUUAUAUUCGGAAGCGUUUUCUAAGUAA